GUGGAGGGGGGGAGGAGCGUGGAGCAUCUGAUAUGUACCACGCAUGUCAAGUAGAGCCGUUCAUCGCGCCAUGUUGGACGACCGACUAAGACGACAUCACCGCCUCUGACCUGACUUGACCUGGCCUGAUCUGCUUAGCAAUCUGAACUCGUUCGGUUUGCAGGUCCUGCUUUUCUUUUUACUUCCGAGGAUCUCGUGCCCGGGUAGUUUUGUUGUACACGGCGCCUUAGACAAGGAGAGUUAGAGAAAGAGAGAGAGAGAGAGAGAGAGCCAUAUCUCGAAGCCCGACUUACACCUUUUUUUCGGCCGUCUGCAACCCACUCAUUCUCCCGUCUCUCUUUUGUUGUCUUUGUUUUGAUACCACUCUUACCAAUCCUGCAAUAAUGGGCUCCAUUCCCCGUGACGAGUCUCUCGAGACCCAGGUCGACCUGACCAUCAUCGGCGGCGGGCCGACUGGCCUUCUCACCGGCUACCUGGCAGAGCAGUUGGGUGUGUCGGUAUGCAUUAUUGACAGCAAGCAAGGCCCUCUGGAACUGGGUAGGGCCGACGCGCUCAACGCCCGCACGCAACAGUCCCUCGAGGUCGUCGGCAUCCUCGACGACCUCAUCCAGCAAGGCAUCACAUGCAACACGAGCUCCACGUUUGCCGACGGCGACUUCAAGUCGCGCCAGAGCCACUGGUGGACGGGCCUCGAGCACUGCUUCCGCAAGAACUUCCUGAUGAUCGGCCAGCCGGUCGUCGAGAAGGUGCUCUCGGAGCGGCUCAGGACGCCCAUCGGCUACGGUGAGACGGUCUCGGCCAUCGCCGAGGACGCGGACGGCGUCGUGGUGAGCACGAGCAAAGGCCGCACGAUCCGCAGCCGGUACGCCGUCGGGGCCGACGGGGCGCGGUCGACGGUGCGCAACGCGCUCGGCAUCAGCUUCACGGGCACCAAGCCCGAGAUGGUCUGGGCGGUGCUCGACACCUUCCUCGACACGACGUUCCCCGUGUGCUCGGAGAUCAUCACGUUCCAGCUCAACGGGCAGAGCCGGGUCUCGUGGAUCCCGCGGGAGCGCGGUAUGGCGCGCUUCUACGUCCUGCUCGACGGCGAGAUCACGCAGGCCAAGGCCGAGGCCUCGAUCCGCGAGCACAUGGCCCCGCACCGCGUCGACUUUGUCAAGACGGAGUGGUUCAGCACCUUUGACGUCAAGGAGCGUAUCGCGGGGACCUUUGUCUCCCGAGACGGCGGCGGCCGCAUCGUGCUGGCGGGCGACGCGGCCCACGUCCACUCGGUCAACGGCGGCCAGGGCCUCAACACGGGCAUCGCCGACGCCUUCGCGCUGGCCUGGCGGCUCGCGGGCGUCCUCACCAACGAAGGGCUCAGCCCGGACGCGGCCGACAGGCUCAUCCGGAGCUACGACGUCGAGCGACGCACCGUCGCGCAGGGCGUCAUCGACGUCGCGGCGGCGCUUGUCAGAGACACAAUCAAGACGGCUAAGGAGUACGUCUCCACCAUCGAGAAGAACGCCGGCUACAUCACGGGCAUGGGCGUGGCCUACGACGGCACCGGCUCGCCUCUGGUCCACGAGUCCUCCCACGGCAUCUGGACCGCAGGCCGGCGCUGUCCGGACGUCCUCCUGGCGCCGGUCUCCGCGGUCUCCGGAGGGGAGCCGAAGCGCCUCUACGAGCUCGUCUCGAGCCAGUACGGCAAGCACCUGGUGCUCAGGGUCGGAGGGCAGCCGGGGGCGAGCCGCGACCCAUCGGCAGGCGUCAGGCUCUUCAACAUCAAACCCCAACAGGCGGAGGAGGAGACUCGUACGACGUCGACAGGAGCUGGGGAUUCUCCGGCAGAGUCGUCUUCGUCGACCUUUACGGCCGAGUGGGCGGCCGACGAUGACAACUUCACAGUUGUCGUCAGGCCGGACAUGUACAUUGGCUACGUCGGCCAGGGCGACGACGGAUGGAGAGAUUACCUGUCGUACCUGAGUCAGUCGUAGAGAGGGGGGGGGCGACAAGCCCUGGUCUCGUCUCUGCUCUGCGUGUUUUUUUUGUUAUUAUUAUUCGUUUCUCUUUUUGUUUCUCAGACUGGGAUGGAUGGGUGGUAUCCGUACGGGGGGACACAAAAUACUGGAGCGACUUUCUUUUUAGAGAAAUCCCAACCCUUGGGAAUUGCACAUCACCACGCCACUCACUCACUACAUGACAAAACUUGGGACUGCGGAUUCAUGCUCGGUGCUCAUCGAUCAUCAACAUGUGGAAGACGACUUGAUUCAUGGAUUCAUGAGGAGCCCACUUGAUCACUUGAAACGUCCUCAUGGAUCUACGAUUAGCCGGUUGAGGUUGUGGUGCACAUGGGCCGGCCGUAGAACAUGACAGCCAUGCCAUGGAAUGAACGUGUGCUGCAAUCCAUCGGCCGCCCGCCCCCAUUUUGAAUCCU